AUGUCCCACAAAUUUGGGGAUGGAGCUACACUUAGUAGAUUCAUCAAGGAUUGGACUUCCCUUUCUCAUGGAAAAUCUCAAACCCUGCUCCCACCUCUUGAUUUUAAAGUAUCUUCCCGUUUUCCACCUUCGGUUUUUGCCGUCGAGCUUCCUGCCGACAAGUCUGAAAGAGCGGCUGUUACCGCUGACAAGUGCAUCACGAGGAGGUACAUGUUCGAGGCAUCAAAGAUUGCCAAUCUGAGGGCCAAAGCCGCUGGUAUUAAUGGCAGCCAACUGCAGGGGAAACAGCCGACACGAACCGAAGCUAUUACAGCCUUGAUAUGGAGAUAUGCAAUGAUUGCAUCAAGGCUAAACAAGGGGUUUUCAAUGCACUCUGUGAUGCACCAACUUGUCAACUUCAGAGAACGAGUUGAACCCCCUUUCUCAAAAAACUCCAUUGGAAAAUUUGUGCAAUAUUUUUCAAUUCAGUUAGAGGCAGGCAUGGUAAAGCUUCCAGAUUUGGUGUGUAAAUUCAGGAGAGGAAUUGAAGAGUUUGGUAAGAAAGAAGCAAAAAGGCUUGGAGGAGAUGAUUGGAUGGAAGAGAUUUUCCAAUCAUGGAAAGAGAGAAAAGACAUUUCUAUUAGAGAAGAUACAAAUCUAUAUACAUGCACUAGUUUGUGUGGUUUUGGUUUCUCUGAGACUGAUUUUGGUUGGGGAAAACCAAUAUGGUUGAGCUUAGAUAGUGGAAGUUUUCUCAACAACUUCCUUUUGCUGACAAGCACUAGAGAUGGUGAUGGAGUAGAAGCUUGUGUCUCUCUGGGAAGAAGAUAUGGUAUUAUUUGA